AUGCCUCUCAUCUUCCUACAAGACUCAACAAUGGCAUUCUUAUCAACUACCUUCGCGCCUCUCCUCUAUAUCCGUCGCCGCUAUCGCCAGGACCAUGACUGGUCCUACCGUCAAGCACUUCUAGUCACCUGGAUGAAGUUGUUUCUUCGCUUGUUCGUAGCAGUGCACACCAAACCACCAUUAUCCCUCAAACCAGGACUUGAGGGAGACCGCUUCGUACAGAUCGAACCUGCUAAGACCGAGCUCUACACGGGGAUCACUCUUGACAAGGAAAUCAAACCAGUCCCAAUAGGAGGCACCUGGUUCCCUUCGCUGUACCAAUACAACACUACAACCAGCCAAGACAAGCACAUCGUCCUUCACUUCCACGGCGGCUCCUACAUCCUAGGCGACGGCCGCAUAGCCUCCUGCAAAUACCUCGCCGACAGCCUCCUCAACCACACGCCCUCUAGCCACGUCUUCAGCCUCCAAUACCGUCUCGCCUGCAACCCGCACUGCCGCUUCCCCGCCCAGCUGCAAGAUGCCAUCACAGCGUACUCCUACCUCAUCCACACGCUUCACAUUCCCGCCACCCGCAUCGUGAUCAGUGGCGACAGCGCAGGUGGCCAUCUCGCCCUCGCCUUACUCCGGUACAUAUCCGACUACAACGACGAUGCCGUCCUCCCCCCACCCACAUGCAGUUGGCUCUUCUCACCGUGGUGCGACAUUCCCGGUGCCCGCAACAAGCGACUAUGGGAUAAUAUCCCCAACGCGAAGACCGAUUACAUUCCCCCCUCGUUUCCAGCGUGGGGUGCCAAGCACACGAUCGGGAAUAUGGAGAUCACGCGGGAGAUGGAGCCGUAUCUGGCGCCGAUUUGGCACCCGUUCGUGCUUCCUUCUUCGGUGUUGGUUGUCUCCGGUGGUCGGGAGGUUAUGUGCCAGGAGCAUGAUCGGCUCGUGAGGCAUUUGGCGAAGGUGCAGCAGAAUGAGCAGAGAGUGGAGUUCUUUGUGCAGGAUCUCUUGCCGCAUGACAUUCUGAUGGUUGCUUGGAUCUUGGAUUUUAAGAAAGAUGCUGAUCAGUGUGCUGUGAAGGCGGGGACGUUUUUGACCCAGGUCCUUGGGGCUUCGGACGACAGUGAGGUUCCUUGUGUGCGUUUCGAGGGUGAUUCUGCAGUAUAA